AUGAACAUCUAUAGCCUGGAGUGGAACCAGCCCGGAAGGCGUGCAGGUUUAACAAAGGGUGGCUAUCAAGCCCCCAGUCUUCUGCAAAGUAUCAAUGCUCCCAAGAAGCAGGACACAAUGCGCCCCAGGGCCUCCCAACGAUCGCCGGAGGUGAAGCAGAAGCAUGGAGUGGGGGGGUCAAGGGCGGAAGAGAAAUUGGCAGAUGAGGAUAUAUAUGCAGCACCGAAAAGCGGGAGUGAUGAUUCUUCUGACGAAGAGGCACUCCGUGGGGAUAUCCAACGCACCCAAUUCGUCAAACGUGGAUCAGAGGACCCAAAACGGCAGCCUCUGAAAGGCAAGGGAGGGUCGACGCGGGCUAAUAAGAGCAGUGGUCCAUCAGCCAAUACUAGCAAUAGCAUAAGAGCUACAAGAGGGUCUAAGAGAAUAGAUUCGCCACCUCCGAGCAUUGCUUCGAGCAUUUCUAGCAAUAAUAGCAAGAGGAAGAACGAGGAAGAUGGGACCAAGUUUGGCAGUGAUGGCAUGGCAGAUUCAUUUGGUCGAGUCAAAAUUAAGAAACCAAAAACUGGAAGGACGUACGGAUCAUCAAGUCAGAUGAGCCAUCCAAAAAGCUCACAGCCCAAGUCUUCGCAAGGUUCCCCUCAAGUACGAAAAUCUAAAGCACCAGAGGCUGACCCCGACGGCUUCUCAAUACCAGCUUUCAAGAAGCUAGAUUCUCUUGACUUAGACAGCCCCACGGACUCAGAUACGGAAUUACCUCUGAAAUUAACGUUCAAAAAGGUGGAUACCACCGAAUUCGACAGUCCCAAGAAAUCAGGUGCAGAAUUGCCUCUAAAAGCAACCUUCAGGAAGGUCGACACAACCGAAUUUGACAGCCCCCAGAAAGAAUGUGGUGAAACAUUGCUUAAAUUCAGAAAACCUGAGAAUCUUGAUUUUGACGACUCCUUCGGCCAAGACGAAUCACCCCUCAUAGGCGCUGCGUCGCCCAGCCGACCUCCAAGUAAAAUAUCACCCACAGAAGACCCUCCGCUCACACAAUUGCCGGCGUUCAAGAAAUUUGAUAUGGAAGAAGACCUUGCAGAAAAGGCACAUGAUAUUCUUGAGCAGGAUAAAAGUAUAUUACGUCCCAUCUCCACGCAACUCGAUGAAUACGACUACUCAAGAACCCAGCUAGCUCUAUGUCCAAUGUGCAGGAAGCCUGUUGACCCUGAAGAACUCAGAGGAUAUGGCGAGAUGAAUACUCGCCAACAGGAGAAGUUUUGUCGUGAUCACCAAAGGAAGGAUGCCAAAGAAGGCUGGUCUUCGAAAGGCUAUCCCGAAAUCAACUGGCAUACUCUAGACGCCCGAAUCUCCAAACACCAUUCCUUUAUUGAAAGUCUGGUUGGAGGAGCAGAUUCCCACUACAGAGAAAUUCUGAACGAGACCGUUAAGGCAGGGAAGGAUCGAAACUUAUUAAAAGCAGAAACGAAUCUGACACCCGGAUACUAUGGGUCACGUGGGCUACGGGUCAUUUCAGAGAAUAUCAUGCACGAAUUUACGCCCUUACUAAAGAAGAGAGUAGUGAAGGAUCGGCUAAUGGCCGCGAGAGGUGUAACGGGAUUUGUGCAAUCUGUUUUGGUUCCCGAGGUCACUGUGUUAUUGAUUAUGGAAGAUAUGGACAUUCAAGUUGAAGAGGCGAGGGAAGUGUUGAAAGAUAGUAUAGGAAUGGGAGAAUUGGUCAAUGAAGAGAUCAGGGAUGUAGUUGUGAGGAGGGAUAGCGAGGAUGAAGAUGAAGCAGAUGAUGGCUGA